AUGGUCCAGAGCAACCACACCAACGUGAAGGAAUUUGUCUUCCUGGAAAUCACUCACUUCCGGGAACUGGAGCUUUUCUUGUUUGUGGCUUUCCUUGCUGUUUAUGUAGCAACUGUGCUGGGCAAUGCCCUCAUUGUAGUGACCAUCACCUGCGAGUCCCCCCUCCACACUCCCAUGUACUUUCUCCUGCGGAACAAAUCUGUCCUGGACAUUGCUUUUUCAUCUGUCACCGUUCCCAAAUUCCUGGUGGAUCUUUUAUCAGAGAGGAAAGCCAUCUCCUACGAUGGCUGCAUGGCUCAGAUCUUUUUCUUCCACUUUGCUGGUGGGGCAGAUAUUUUUUUCCUCUCUGUGAUGGCCUAUGACAGAUACCUUGCAAUCUCCAAACCUCUGCACUAUGUAACCAUUAUGAGGAGAGAGUUGUGGUUGGCCUUGGUGGUGGCUUCCUGGGUGGGUGGUGGUUUGCACUCCAUUGUUCAGAUUAUUCUGAUGCUUCCACUCCCCUUCUGUGGCCCCAAUGUCCUGGUUGCCUUCUACUGUGACGUGCCCCAGGUGGUUAAGCUGGCCUGCACCGACACCUUUGCUCUGGAGCUGCUCAUGAUCUCUAACAAUGGGCUGGUGACCCUGCUGUGGUUGCUCUUGCUCCUGGGGUCCUACACGAGCAUUCUGGUGAUGCUGAGAUCUCAUUCUGGGGAGGGCCGGAACAAAGCCCUCUCCACCUGCACCUCCCACAUCCUGGUGGUGACUCUUCAUUUCGUGCCUUGCGUGUACAUCUACUGCCGGCCCUUCUCUACGCUGCCCAUGGACACAGCUGUGUCCAUCAGUAACACAGUCCUCACCCCCAUGCUGAACCCCAUGAUCUACACUCUGAGGAACCAGGAGAUGAAGUCAGCCAUGAAGAGAAUGCAGAGGUGGCUUGGGCCUUUUGAAAGCAAUAAAUUGGGAUGA